AGCUACUGUAGUCACGCUGCCAUUGUCUCGCUUUGUGAAACACUACGGACGCAAGACUGUUGCUGAGUGAACGAGUUCAGAAAUAAUCCCAUCUUCAAGAGGGAGGCAAGAGAUAAAACUGUGCCAUUUACUGUAACAUUUAAAUGGAUGUGAAAGAGGAGACGUGUGAGGCACACCUGAAUAUCAUGGAGGAGAGGACCGUAAAUGUUAAGGAGGAGGACUGUGAGUGGGAGGGUGUCCACCCCAAACAGGAGAGUCUGGACAUUAAGGAAGAGGACAGUGAACUGGGGUCAGUGAGUAUUAAAGAGGAGUGUGUCAGCAGUGAGGUGACCAGCUAUAGGAGUAUGGAGAGUGUCAAGGAAGAUGACCUUCAUUAUGGAGAUCAAGGUGGAGCAGUGACUGGGUUAGUCUCUUCUCAUAGCAGACACACUUCAUCUUCAGAGUCUUCUAUCAAUGUAAAAUAUGAAUCAUUACAGUCUGACAGAAAGAGAACUGAAAAAAUGUCAUCUCCUAGAACCGAGGAAGCUCAACCACCAACUAAGAUGUCAUCUAAAACAAGAAUCAAACUUCACUGCUGUUCUGAAUGUGGAAAACAGUUUUCACUGAGAAGCUAUCUUCUGAUCCACCAAAGAAUUCACACAGGACAGAAGCCAUAUUACUGUUCUGAUUGUGGCAAAAACUUUACACAGAUAGGCAGUUUUCAGAGCCACCAAAGAAUCCACACAGGGGAGAAGCCGUAUGACUGUUCUGAAUGUGGUAAAAAGUUUUCACAGAGAAAAUAUCUUCAGAGCCACCAAAGAAUCCACACAGGGGAGAAGCCGUAUGAUUGUUCUGAAUGUGGCAAAGAGUUUUCACAGAGAAGCUGUCUUAAGAGCCACCAAACAAUUCACACAGGAGAGAAGCCGUUUUGGUGUUCUGAAUGUGGUAAACAGUUUUCACGGAAAAGCUAUCUUCAGAGCCACCAAAGAAUUCACACAAGAGAGAAAAAAAUUACAGAAACUCACCCACCUUGUCCUUAGAUGAACAAUGUACAAUGCUAAGCAGCAGAAGAAAGAAUUCAAAAAGUAUGAUGAAAACAAAAAAGAACUAAUUGGGGAAACUACAAGUAAAGUGGUAAAUACACUGCCCCCCUCCAACAGACUCCUGUGGAAACAGAACUUAUCCAUGCAUAGCUUAUUAGGGGUGAACUGAGACCAAAAGAUGUACUCCUCAUCAUAGGUACACAAAGCAGUGGCUUGGACACAAAGUGGUUCAGAUCAAAAAUAGAAAAAAAAAAAUGUCACUUCUGCCACAAAGAUCUAGAAACAGUCACACAUCUUCAUGCUGGGUGCGAGGUACUGAUUGCUGAUGAUUUUACACUGUACAACACCACACAGUGGCCAGGCUCAUUUGCUGGAAACUUGACAACAAGUACAACUUACCAGCAUCAGAAAGACACUUGGACCACAACUCGGACAGCACAAUGGAAAAUGAGGAGGUGCAGGUCACUUGUAGCACAGCAGUACUGACUGACUGAAAAAUAGAGGCCAGAAAAGCAGAUGUAAGAAAUCCUGGAUAACAGAAGUAUUAGUUCAUAUUGAUUACUCAGUCCUAAGAAUGGAGAGGCAAGAUAGAAAUAAAAUAUCAAGAAGUGCAGUCUGAGAUAUGACAAAUGAAAUGUGGACCGAAAAACAAAAAUGGAGGAAGUGCCUGCUGUUCUAGGAUGAAUAGGACUGAUAAAGAAAAACAUUCAGGUCCACCUUAAAAAAUUACAAUAACUCCUUAUGACCUGCAAAAAGAAGCCUUAUUAGAAACAAUGCAGGUUCUACACUGAGUCCUUGUGGGACACUUACGAGAGUGAGAAGUUAGGCAGUACAAUGAGACUGUCCUGAAUAAAGAGUGAAGUUCACUAUUGUUUUGAUAGUAAGUACACCAAGAAAAUUUGGAAGAAUUUAACCUGAGAGAAGCUGAAUUGCUGUUCUGAUUGUGGUAAACAAAUCUGUCACAGAAAUACUCUUCUGAUGCACAUUAAAAUUCACAAAGGAGAGAAGCCAUAUGGGUGUUCUGAAUGUGGCAAACAGUUUUCAUGGAGAAACAGCCUCUUUGAUGCAACAUCUACAUUUAUUUAUAUAGCACAUUUUCAUAUAAACAAUGUAGCUCAAACUGCUUUACAACAUGUAAUAAGAAAGAAGUUAAUAUAAAACAAAAACAAGAUUAGACAAUAAUAUACAGUAUGUAACAAAGAUAAAGGUAAUGUUGAAUGGCCAAGUGGACAGAAAAAAAAAGCAAAAAAAA